AUGCAAGACACCCGAGAACUUCUAGCCAAUCGUUGCAAGUUUCCAUUCAUAUUUUUGGCGAAUUACGAUGUGGAAGAUGGCAUUUAUGAUGUUGAUCCAGAAGACGAUUGCGAGCCGAACGACCUGAACAAAUAUGUAAAUUUCUCGACUCAAGGUGUUCUGACUUUCCGUUCAAAACAAGAAACGAACAAGACUUUAAAACCAAUUAGGUGCACAUAUUAUAAGCAUAGUGGAGUCUCUGAAAGAUACUUUGACGUAGGUUCAAAGGAGAUUGUGCCAGAUGUUCCUGUUCAAGUGCCUUAUUACAAUUUUGUAUUUUCUUGUAAAAGAGAUGGGAUAGUCGAGUUUGUGAAGCCAUUUGUAAACUUUGCAGUUAUUCCGAAAGAAACUGCUGGAGAAUCCGUCGCUAUCAUCUACCUCCCCUCAAUGCAUCACAUGCUUUUCAUGAAGAAAAUGAGCAGAACCAAACUGAUCAUGCAGCAGAACAAUUUCAAAUUUGCUCAAACCAUGAAUAUGAAGCAACCAAAACCGUUCCUCGACCUUCUCCUCCAACUUGGUAUCUCCAGUGAGACGAGUGUAUUCCAGAAGGCAAAGAAACAGAAUUUCACUACAUUCUUCUCAGGACCCCAACAGAUUCGAGAUCUGAUUGAUGCGGAUUAUGAUACUACGAGACAUAGGAAUUUUAUUUCGGAUUAUUUGAUCGAUGAGCAUCUGUGUUUGGAGGAUGGGAGGAAACUUUUGGACGAUCAACUCGAGAAAAUGGAGUCCUUCCUGGAGUCUACAAGUGGUUCCAAGUUCUUUUCCGUGAUGUUUCUCGAUGAUUACGGUAGUCAAAGAAGUAUGAUCGACUAUGACCUCAGUGAAAUGCUCAUCCGAUUGAACCAAAAGAACAUUUUCGAAAAAACUACGCUUAUAUUCACAACGUACGAUUUGUCUAUCAAAGAAGUGACCGACGAGAACACAAAAAAUCCAUUAUUUGCAAUCAGGCUGUCUAAUAAUUUAAUGAAAUCUCAACCCACUGAACUGUACUUUCUGCAUUUGAACUCCUAUAGAUACCUGACUACUUCCCACUCCUAUCAUCUGAUUAUGAACUUGCUUGAGCCGAAAACAAGUUCCGAUUUAUCCCCAUUUACACUGAAAUCAACGGAGAGGACUUGCCAAUCAGAAGAAGUUCCAGAUAGUAUGUGUCUUUGCAUGAAAUCGGUACCACAACCGGAAUUCCCAGAGAAGAAGUUUCUAGAAAAGUUACAGAAAGAAUUUGCCGAAGAGAUCCAAAAAUACAAAUGCGUGUUGUCGUUUGAAGUGAAGAAUAGUACAGAAUUUUUCCAAUAUGAGAAUAAGAAUGGAAAAAUCAUAGCGUUGGAACUGUCGGCGGAUGCAUCCGUGAAUGGGAAGAAGGGGAAGCUCGACCUUUCCCUUACCAAGACUUUUGUCUACGACUCCUCCUUGAAUUACUUCCGUGACUUUGACUAUGCCAGAAUCCUUCGUGACCACGGUGUCAACAUUGCUAUAGUCAGUAUAUGUGUUCUAUAA